AUCAACCUUCUCCUCACGACGCCUUUUACAGCCACCUCAGCUUCACAGGUGCACUUCCAAACAUUCACGCACCCAAGACAGUGCUGCGUCCACCACAGUCCUUUUUCUGCCACUGCAUUAUCAGUUCACCGGCACGAGUGUCAGUGCGCGCCUCGGCCCGCGAAUCGCUCCUGCGGCAUCUGAAAGCAUUGAUUGAUUGCCCCUGUCUGUCUGCCUGCCUGCCUACCUACCCAGACCGUGUUUACCUCGACUCUCGGCGGCUGGCAAACUUGAGAUUCUCGAUGCUUCCGACACUGUGAGGUUAUAUUUACCCCUCUUCUGGCUUAUGUAGGACGCCCGAUCCCGCGUCUACCGCCUAACGGCAGCGCAAAAUGGCCGCGGCUUCGACGAUUUCCGAAGCCCAGGCAGAACUCAUUAGGUCGCUAGCCCCCGAGGACAUCCCUGCCAAGCUCAGGUGCGCCAUCUGCAGCAAGCUGGGAGUCAACGCCUUUCGCCUACCCUGCUGCGAACAGGCGAUAUGCGAAAACUGCCAAGAGACUCUGCCAACGUCAUGCCCCGUCUGUGAGCAUUCCCCGCUCUCGGCCGCCGACUGCAAGCCGCACAAGUCUCUCCGAACCACCAUCCGUGUCUUUCUGCGGACCGAAGAGAAGAAACGCGAGGCCAACCGGCCCAAAGACCCCGGAACUCCCAUCACGCCCGUCGAGCCGAGCCCGCUCUCUGCUGCGCCACCGUCCGCUGUAUUUGAGCCCAGCGAUGGUGGUGCCUCUGCUGCCAAGACAGAGCAGGCGCUCUUGUCCGCCGAGCCUAAGCCCACCCUCGAUGCCGCCAGAGAUGGCGGCGAGGUAACCGGGGCCCAAGCUGCCGCUGGUCUAGAAACCGCAAAUAACCCCGCCAGUCAUGCUGAGCAUUCGUUGCAAAACGCGGCUGAAGGCUCUGUUGAAGCUAGUGCCUCGGCUAGUCUUGUCCCGAUUCAAGGAAGUGGCGAAGUGGUCGAGGCGGCAGACGACUCGGAGCAAGUCAAAGAAGGAGACGAGGCAACCGAGGAAAAGCAGCAAAUGACCGACUUCUCAGGGAGCCUGGGUUUCAACAACAUGGGCGGCGCUUUUCCAAACAUGGCCAUGGGCGCUGGUGGCUUCGACCAAAUGCAAAUGAUGAUGGCAAUGCAAUCCGGCAUGCCGCAGAACAGCUUUGGCAACUUUCCAAUGAUGGGUAUGCCAGGCAUGAACAUGGACCCGAUGACGAUGCAGAUGUACAUGAACGGGGGUUUUCAAGGCAUGGGCAUGAACGGCAUGAACAUGAAUAUGGGCAUGGGAGGUUACGGAGGUGAAGCCAAUAAUAACUGGAACGGACAGCAAUCAUGGAAUGUCGGCCCAGAUAAUUUCAAUCAUCCAAAUGCUUCUGGCACGGGCAAUGGUGAUUAUGGCUCGUUUAACUCUGGCUUCCAGACAGGAUACAAUCAAGGUAAUUAUGGCCACCAAACCCAAUACAAUAACUACCGCCAGAACCAAUACGGGUUCCGCGGUAGGGGCCGAGGCCGUGGCUUCGGGUAUGGAUACAGCCGCGGCGGCUACCAGCAGCAAGGAUUCGUCGCCGGCGCCGGCGGCAACUUCCAGGACCAGGGCUACGUGGGCCAGAACCAUUUCACCGGUGCGAACGGGCAAGUACUCAAUGGCCAGGAGGUAUAUCCCGCCGGCGACGGAGUAGCUGGGGCCGGGCCCAGCGCCGGAGCAAGGGCGGAAACCAAUGUCGACGAGUUCGGACGCUCCCUACGCGAUGGCGGAGCAGAUGAACAAGGUCAGGAGCACGCAGAUGGCAACGCUAGUCACGGUGAUUCCAAAAAUGCAAGUGGCGAGACACAGGCCACGGAUGACGCCCAAGCCACGUCUGCCACACAUGCUAGUGGCGGCAGUGGUGGUGGUGCACAUGAAUCCGGUGAUGUCGUCAAAGUUUUGGGUGAAGACGGCCACAGCGCACCGCACGUCCAGCAGCGCGUUGCUCCAGAUGUGCCCCUGAACGCACCCAAGGGCCCUAAGGCAAUGCUACGCGGCCUACCUAAUACUAGCUAUAAGCACCUGCAGGCUCGCGGCUGGGUCGAUGAUAAUAAGCAGCCACCUACCCCGCCCAGUGCCACAGGCAUGAUGAGUGGAGGAUUCCCUAGUCCGGCAGCCGCGGCGGCACCCUCAACGGAUCAUUCACGGCCGCAGACGCGCUCACGGAGCAGUUCUCCCCACGACUCCAAGAGCAGAGGAGGCACAGAGCACUACCGCGAUAGAAGCAAGGACCGCGCAGCAGAGCGAGACAGGAGCGAUGGGGACACGCACCCCCGCAACCGCCAGCAGCGAGACAAAGACCGCCAUAACGAGCAGUCCCAGUCGCGUUCCUCGAGUAGAAGCUGCAGCCACGAUUAUAAAGAUUCUUCGUUGCACCGGCGCCGGCGUGCACGGUCGCACUCGCCGGUCGAUGACGGCGAGAGUGGCGACGAGCACCGCCACAAGAGACACCGUCGGAAGCAGUCGUAUGCCGAGGACCGGGAUUCGAAGUCUCGUGGAGGUAGUGGCGCGGUAACAGCUCCUGCUGUUAAUGUUGACGCCGAUGCCGAUGCUCCUCUCGAGGAGCGACCCGAGGACCGCUCGCGGUCGGCAUCCCCUGACGCUGAUGCACGGCGGUCAAGCCACCGGAGCAGUCGCAAGGAGCGCGGCGGCGACAGCGAGAGGCGGCGGGAGAGGGAGAAGGAUCACGAUAGGGACGACGAUCACGAGCAUCGGCGCAAGUCGGGCCGCCGCUCUUCGCAUCGGGACCGGGACUAUGAUCGAUCAGAACGGGAUCGAGACAGAGACCGAGAGAAGGACCACGAUCGCGACCGCGACAGAGAUCGGGAGCGCAACAGAGAUCGGGAGCGCGAUAGGGAGAGGGACAAGGGCCGUAAAGACCGAAGCGGUCGCGGCCGUAGUCGGGACAAUAGAGAUCGCGACCGCGACCGUAAGAGGGACAGAAAUCACCGACAUCGCAGCAGCAAGGCCGAGUCUGCAACCAACACGCCCAUUGACGGUCCGGACAAGGACUUCUUCAACCCGCCCACAGGACCCCGAGUGGGUGGUGGCGGCCGCGGGCUAGAGAUCAAGGGCGCAGCUGGCUCCAAAUCUCGAGGCGGCGAUGUUCCAGCGGCUCUCGAUACCGGCCGGCGAUCGUCGCAGGCGUCGACCAAGACGCCCACGGCGCCGUCAGCAGCUUCGGCAGACCCACAUGCGGCCGAGCGCGCGGCUCGUGAUCGGCAACGGCUGCUCAAAGAAACGCAGCUCAUCCAACAGCUUGCCGCGGGGCGGUCGACAAAGCGCUCGCGGGACGAUGGCGGUGGUGGUGGUGCCGAUGACGAUUCGUCUCGGCGUAGUAGCCGGCGUAAGGGCCGCCGCGGUGAGGUGGUCAGCGUCGAGGACGGCGAGGCGAGGAUGCGUCGUCUCGAGGCGGAACGCGAGCAGGCCAGGUACGGCUAGGAGCAGUCAACACUCUGCUGCCCAGGGAAAGGCUUAAUUCAAGAGCCAAGAGCCAAGAGCCAAGGCCGAAGCCGAAGCUGAAGCCAUUGUCGAGGUCAAGGCCAAGGCCAAGGUCAAAGCGUUAACCUUCGAGAAUUCUUUCUCAUUUGGUGCGAGAGGGGGUGUUUGUAUGUAUGUAUUUAUGUAUCUUUUAGAACGUGGGGGG